AUGCCUUCAGUUCUCGCUUCCGAAGAUCAAUCUAUGCACAACGCUGCUGCAGAAAGCGGAGAAAACGCCGCGACAAACCCUGACGAAACAUUCAUAAGCCUCAUCGAUCAGCGGAUAAGAGUGCUCCCUGGUGCAAGUGACACAGCGGCGUCCUUUGAAUUGGAGGCAGAGGACCAUACUCUAGGGAAUGCUUUGAGGUACAUAAUUAUGAAGAAGUAG